AUGGAGGAUAUAGCUGCGGAAACAAAUCGGUACGCGAAGCAAUCGCUGGAGGCCGCACUAAGUAAGGGCAGUGUGGGGCCUCACAGCCGGCUGCGCAUGUUUAAAGACACAAAUACCGACGAGCUGUAUGCCUUUUUUGCUUUAAUUCUUGCGGCCGGCAUUGCCUUUAAAUCAGAUCUCACGGAAUACUGGACCGUCAAAGGCAAACAACAAAUCAAUGUUCUUAAUAAAGAUUCAAUAUCACAAACAACAAUUUAA